UCUUGGUGAGAGAGAGAGAGAGCAAACUGUGCACGGGGAGGGAGCCAGGGAGCUACAGGGAACCAGGACGCCGCUGUGUUGUUAUGCCAAAACACUCAGCUGCGGCUUGUCAUACCCAAGUGUGUAUGACAGCCUGUGUGGUGACAUGGUGGUGUCUGUGGCUGACUGUGGCAGGCAUGGAGGUCUGGGGAGGAGGAGAGGAUGGGGAAAGAGGAGGAAGAGAGGAGAGGUCCCUUCAGCAAAUCCCCUUAGGAACCUCAGGAUUUCCCUUACCUGUGGAUAUUGACCCCAUUCCUUCAGGCCCCAGAGAACAGAUCAACCAAGUGACAUCCUUCAUUGAUGGGUCGGUGAUCUACGGGUCCAGCAAGGAGGAGAGUGACGAGCUGCGUGCCUUCUCUGGCGGCCUCCUCAAGGUGCAGCGCGGCCCGGCAAACACCCAGAUCCUCAUGGCCGACACCAACCAGAUUGACUGCAAGACCUCAGGAAGAUUCAAAGCCAGGUCACGCAAGACUCGGGCAGCAGACGGCCAGCUCAAAGACAUCGAGUCAGGUUCCCCAAACAACGUACUGGAUUUGAUGGAGGUUCUGCCUAACACUGACGUCAGCGAUAUCACGGAAAUUCCUAGCGUGUUUGAGCGUGACGACCAGACACUGCCCUGCGACCACACUUUGCGUUUCCGCACAGCUACAGGGUGGUGCAAUAAUCUUAACUUCCCGUCCUUCGGCAAGUCGUUCAGGGCAAAAAGUCGACUCCUACGUCCUUCUUAUGAAAACGGUCUGUCUAAACCUCGCGUCACUUCAGUCACCGGCAAGCCUCUCCCUUCCCCUCGGCUCAUUUCCACCAACAUGCACAACGACGUGUCUGCACCGCAUGUCCGCUAUACCCUAAUGGUCAUGCAGUGGGGCCAGUUUAUUGACCAUGAUAUUAUUUUCACCCCCAUCAACAAAGGUUUCCAAGACUCGAUUCUGGAUUGCCGCAGAUGUGACUCUCCCCAGACAGUCCACCCUGAGUGUUUCCCCAUAGCCAUUCCUCAGAACGAUCCAUUUUUCCCUCCUGUCAAUAUAUCAUCUGGCCAGCCAUUCUGCAUCCCCCUGACCCGCUCCAUGCCAGGCCAGCUGACUCUAGGCUACCGGGAGCAAAUGAACCAAGUGACUGCCUUCAUCGACGCCUCUCACACCUAUGGCUCGGACAAGUGUGAGCAGCAGCAACUGAGGACCAAGUCAGACGGCAUGCUACGAGGCACACCCAACCCCCUGCGAGGCAAAGACCUGCUGCCCACUGAGAAUGAGAACCACGAGUGUCAGGCUCCCUCUGGCCGGUGCUUCACUGGAGGAGACACCCGGGCCUCAGAGCAGCCUGGCUUGGCUGCGCUACACACUCUGAUGAUGCGUGAACACAACAGAGUGGCCGGGGAACUGAAGCGCCUCAACAAACACUGGAAUGAUGAGCAGCUCUUCCAAAAUGCCCGGCGUAUCGUGACGGCCAUCAACCAGCAUGUCACGUACAAUGAGUGGCUGCCAAGGGUGCUGGGGUGGAACGCUGUUAAUCUGUAUGAGCUUAACUUGCUGCCUGAGGGCUAUUCUGAAGAUUACGAUGCAUACUGCAACCCAACAGUGCUCAAUGAAUUUGGCAUAGCCUUCCGCUUUGGCCACUCUCUACUCAAGCCUUCCCUGGAGCGCAUGGACGGAAUAUUUGCCAAGCGCAACCCUCCUGUCAAGCUGAGCGAACACUUCUUCAACCCAGACCUACUCUACCAGCCUGGGAUGCUUGAUGAGAUCAUCCGCGGCCUGACUACUGUGUCCAUGGAGACACUGGACCAGUUCUUGACAGAUGAGGUGACCAACCAUCUCUUUGAAGACAAGCGGCAGCCAUUCUCUGGCCUGGACCUGGCUGCCCUCAACAUCCAGCGAGGCAGAGACCAUGGACUGCAGCCUUACAAUGAGUACAGGGCCCUCUGUAACCUGACCAGGGCGAGGUCGUUUGAUGACCUGCACAGGGAGAUAGCGAGGCCGGUGAUCGAGCGAAUGAAACGGACGUACGCACACGUGGAUGACAUAGAUCUGUUCACUGGUGGAUUGAUUGAGACGCCGCUGCACGGUGGACUGGUCGGUCCCACGUUCGGCUGCAUCCUCGGCAUUCAGUUCAGGAACCUCCGCUGCUGUGACCGGUUCUGGUAUGAGAAUGCUGACCCACUUGUGCGCUUCACCGACCCUCAGCUCACUGAAAUAAGAAAGGUGGGUCUUCCUUGGUGGUGGUGGUGGUGGUGGUAGUAACAGUAGCAGUAG